AUGUUAUUUGUACUAGCAGGUCUGUACGAAUAUUCUGAGUACAGUAAAUUGUUAUUAUCUUCAGCUUUUCCUUGAUGUGUGACUAUAAUUCGGAACCUACUUAUUCUUAGAGUUAGUUUCAAAUAAAAACAAACACAGAGCACUAUGCAAACAAUGAAAGAUCGAAGCGACUCUGCCAUAGAUUUUGGCAGCUCCAAAAAUUUCUGCUAUUUGAGUCAUCUACCAUGUUUUCCAGUUCCGAAAUCUUAGUAUGAUAGUAUUCUUUUCUCUUCUGUUUCGGAACGUUUUUGUACUGUUUUAAGACAAUUUAAUAUUUUUCCCUAAGCGUAAUAUUCAGAGGAUCCCUGUGGUUUAGAUUAGAAAGUUUCCUCAAUUCGUGUCUCUUAAGACGACAUUCUUUAUCAAACCAUUUUUUGUUAAAACUCUAGUAUAUCGUUUUAUAAUGUUCUUAAUUUCUAAACAAUGUUUUGCGGUUGUAAAAGGAAUCCUUUCUACUGCAUCGAGAGAAGAGUUAAUGUGUUUGUCUGUCCCACAGUCAACAAGAAAAUCAUGUAUCAUUCUCUGUAUGUCUCUUGUUUGCACUGCUGGUUUAAAUUUUUGUGAUGAAUCAUAUGCAUUUUCCUGUUUGGGUAAACAAAUUAAUGUAUCAUUGGUUUUUUCUGUAGCUAAGUGAUUAUUUACCGUAUUAAUGUUAAGCCAUGUCAUUAUUGGACUGUGAUCUGUUAAAUUCGACGGCUCUUUUAACAAUGAAUUCGCGAUAGAGUGGAAUAUUAGUCUUGGUCGCAUAUUGCAUAGCCUGCGUGGCAGGCGCAAAAAGGGGAGGGGGAGAGGGGGAGGGAGAAAAGCGCGAAAGAAGGGAAAAGGGAAGGGAAGCAGGCGUCCCUUACCCUCUCUCCCCAAUCCCCCUCUUUUUUUUCUUCCUCCCUAUCCCCUUUCCCAACGCAGGAUACAUACUGCAUAGUCAACAACACUAACUCCUGAUAUACCAUGAAAUGUUGGUCUUGCCAGCGAAUCACCAUGGAAUCUACCAUUCAUAAUCUCUAGAUCUGCACUCCUACAUAUUUCUAAUAGACGUUUCCCGCGGUUAUUUAAUUCGUUACUGAAGCUGUGUCGCUGAAAGGCGCAUAGCGAGAAUUCAGAUUGAUCGUUUUCUUGACAGACAUUGUCUGAGUAUUCGCCUGUUCUAGAGUUGAAAUCACCCAUAAGAAGAAUUGAUCCAAAAGCCGAGAAUUUCUCAAUAUCGUUUCAAGUUCUUCAAAUAGUUCAGGACAAAAGUAAAUUGAAUUUUGAGGUGGGAUAUAUGUGCCACAUACAUAGAUAUCUUUUUUGGUUGAAAGAAAGAUUUAUGACCAAAGCGAAAUCGCACUCUGCUUGCGAUCCUCGCGCGAUGCGCGACAAAAUUUUAAACUCGCUCUGCUAGAAUGAACAUUUUGUGGAGCUGACUACAGUACGUAUUGAAGACGGUAUGUAAAGUUCUGUACAUAUUUUUUGCAGGUCAGUUACCCAGGCAUUUUGUGUUGAUACCAAACAAAUCAAUCUAUGUAAUGCAAGGCCAGAGUGGACAAGUCACGUGUGAAGCUGAAGGCCCUUCAGUUUCUACCCUGAAGUGGGAAAAGCAACAGGAUAAUAAAUCAUAUGCAGCCGUCCCCGACAGCCAAGUUAACAUCACUAAAGAUGCAAAUUAUGUGAGAGCUGUCCUGAAGAUUGCAAAUGCCCAGUUCUCGGACACUGGUACAUACAAAUGCACAGUAUCAGUUCCACCAAAUAAAUCAGAUUAUAAGCUGACAAAGAUAACUGUCAAGGGUAUGUUUGUGUAUUUAUUUUAUUCUUUUUUCUACCCGCACCACAAGAAUUUUUCAAUACAUACUAUAUAUCUAGCCACAGGCAUCCCAAGCUCACGUUUCGAGUGUGUUACGGUAUGUAAAAUUAACUUUCUCACAAGAGAGUCGGAGUCGCGUUACAAGCAACCGUUUAGACUUUGUAUGAGAAAUAAAAUGCUGAGGUCUGCGAACGCUUAAUAUCAUUAUUCUUACUUAUUUUUCUAUAAAAUUAAUAAAGGAGACUCACUUUAAUGUAUUCCUGUGUUUUUUGGUGUGAAUUCAUCGAUUGAGUCGGGGUUUUGGGUAUUGUUUGACCCCUGUCACUUUCUUCAUAAUACGAAUUCUCCGUUAUUUAAUUUAUAAAAAAAUUGAGUAAGAAUAAUGAUACUAAGCGUUCGCAGACGUCAGUAGUUUACUAUUUUAUUUGUCAUAGAAAGUCUCAGAGGUUGCUUGUAACGCGACACCGUCUCUCUUGUGAGAAAGCUAAUCAGUACAUAACACAUUCGUGACGUGAGCGGGGUGGAACGCCCGUGAUCUAGCCGGAGUUUUGAAAACUUUCCUUCCGAAAUUUACUUUUGAGUUUGCUAGCCUACAUGUAGCUUUACCCUGCCUCUGGAAGGGCAGAAACGGCGGGGAAUUGUUUGGUUGCAGGUAAGCUAUGGAGAGGAGAAAAGUUUAGGUUAGCUGAUUGUAUCUUGGAAGAGCAACUCUCGACGCAGGAAAAUUGGAUCUACAAUAGGUCUAGUUACAGCGGGCUCUAAUAGAGUACUUAAGUGUGACGUCAUAAAAAAUAAAUUUCUGAAAUUAUGGGAUUUGUCGGGAUAUUCUGAAAGAACAACGUCCAAGAGGCCUAGAUGCGAAAAACGAGCAUUUCGGGGCAAAUUGUCUCUGAGAUAUUAGCGCAGUUAUGCUCUGAUAAGCCCAUACAAACCGUUCUAUAUGUUUCUAAUAAUAGUAAUAAUAAUAAUAAUAAUAAUAAUAAUAAUAAUAACAAUAACGGUUUAAUAUCAGUCAUCCAUGGUAUGGCUCUUCGCCUGAAAUAAGAGUAAAAUAAGGAAAUUAAAAAAAUACAUAAAUCUGAAUUAUGAAUUUGUAAAAAGCUAGGUAAUAAACAGUAAAAUGUAAUUAUAUAAUACAUACAUUAUUUAAUUAUUCCGCCCUAUUCCGGCAGCGCUCCCUUAAAAUACAUAAUGUUUGCUUACUGAAGGAUUUAACACAGCAUUUAACAUUCUGGGUCGACCCCAAAAAAAUUUAGAAAGGUUUGUAUGGACAAGUAGCAGAAUGAGUUGAAUUUUUUUGCUAACCCGGUUUUCAAAAAUCCAGGUAUAAGUAAAAACUGGUUAUCUUGAAGCAAAAUCCUUGCAGACGUCCCAAAUGAUUGACCCGUGGAUCCUGUAGAUUUCGCUUUCCCCCCUCAAAUUCGCUUCAAAAGUCUCUAUUGUUUUAGCCUGCGUGACUAAAAUCCCGGACAAGUGCGUUCGAAAGGGAGAAUUGGUGUUGGCGGGCGUGAAGGCAGAGGCGUGCGCGCGUUUAUGUUAUCAUUCAUAAUCAACAUUUGGUUUUCUUGCGGGAAAAAAUCCUUACAAAAGUCCCAAAUGAUGGACCCGGUUGCACUUCUGCUUGCCAGUAUUUUGUUAAGUAUUUUUUGUUCUUUUCAAACUUUCUACUUUAAGGAGCUCCAUGGCCAGGGCCGGGUCUAGGGGGAACUUGAGCCUCGAAGUGAAGUAGAAGACAGUGGAAGUGUGCUUUAUAGCUUUAUAACUUACCAAAGCUAUCGUGUGCGAAACAUAGUACAGUGAAACUCAGUUAAUAUGGUCACCAAUGGGUCAAAAAAAUUUGGCCGUAUUAACGGGUCAGUUCAAAACCACUUAAACAUAGCAUUGUUAAACGUGUUUUAAUAUUUAAACGGUGGAUAUGGGCAUAUUUUUAUCCCCUAUAAAUUUUUCAUCUGUUCGGAUUUCCUAGCUGAAAGUCUAGUGAUCCGAAAAUUAUAGGGAUCAAAACUUACCUGUUCGAAAAUUUCAGCCAGAAAAAAAGCUCCCGAAAAUUCUAGGUGACCUUUUUAGGGUAAAAAUCCGUUGAAAAUGGGCAAUUUUACCAUUUGUUAGAUGUUCGAAAAUCCUAGGAGAGGCAGGCAAGCAAUAAAUUUUACAACAAAUGUUCCGAAAAUUCGAGAUCUCAAAUCGUCUUCCGAACAGAUAUUUUUCCGAAAAUUGUCGUUGGGUGCCCCUGACGGGUGACCGUAUUAACGAAGUUCUUAGUGGCCGUAAUAACGCGCCGUAAUGCGGGUUUUCACUGUACCCCAUCUUGCAAAUUUUGUUUUUUCCGUUUAAAAACUAUGGAAUGCGGAGUUUGAUGACUUCAGGAGCUCCUGAUGACUUAAAUUGUAAGACCUUGGGGCACUGUCUGUCGUUGCGUGACAAGUCAGACGUUAAUGGUUUACAGUCGGUGUAUGCACUGUGCAAACUAAAUUUUUCCGACUAGGGCCCUGGUCUGGUACAUCAUAGCCGCCCGCAACGCCGAUGAAUAUGGCAGCGAGCGAUUUGAUUUUCAGGUUUCUACGCACAUGUGGUCGCAGUAAAGGGAUGGGGGCUUUUUCUCUUCUUGUGUUAGUCAGUAAGUACAGUUAUGUUCUUCGAUCUGAUCUUUGAUUAUUGUCCUCAUUUUAGCGUAAUAAUUUUAUACGUAGCAUGCAUUAACUAAACAACAAAAUACGUUGCUCCUUGUGCCUUAACAUCUGUUUAGCCUGUUUAGAGGAUCACGAAGGUCUUUGAGAGGAGUCUGUGUAGCUAUUAAUCUGCUUUAUUGUAAUAAAAAAAUACCAGCGAUAGGAAACAAGAGCCGAUGAAAGCUGAAGAUCUUUCAUUCUUUCCGCCGGAAAGCAUUUCGCGAAGGAGGGACCUGCAUCCCCUUGAGUUGUGAUGGUGAAGACUACUUCCAGUUUUUGAUCUAUUGCGAUAUUUUAAUACUUAUUUUACUAAUUUAUAACUGUGUUGAUAUCAAACUUUGGGCAACUUUAUUAGAAUUUAUUUAGAAACUAGUUAAUCAGCUUCUCGAAUUAAUCCCGCAGUCUACUGCCCCGUCAGGCAUUGGGUAUGUAAUUGAAAAUUUAUCUAUUCGGAGUAACUUCGUUAAUAAUAGACUGCGAUAAAUCAUUAAUAAGUGUCCAGUAUAAAUACCUGUCUUCUCAAUCUGAUCAGUGUCUGAUCAAACUUGUGUCCAAAGUCUUAUCACGAAUCUCUAUUUGGGACACAGCCGAUUAAGUAAAAAUUGAUCUUUAUGCGAAGCCUUAGAGACGCCUUAUUCAGUACUUGAAAUGAAACUUAAUCAUUGUUAUUUUCACUGAUAAGCGAAAAAUUUAUGAUGGUUUUCGAAUUCUGAUCAUGCUAAGUUUUUGCGCAAAUGAAACAUGCGUUGUCUUAGCGUUUACCAGUAAAACAUCUUGUUGUUAUGAGCCACAAAAAAAAUUUAAUCCCCGCGGAUGACAAGACUCCUUUCUUCGCUCUUGUCAUUUCUGUCAACAUUGCUCAAUUGUUUACCUUUCACCGCCAUAUCCGUCGCGUAGUCUGGUGAGUCCGCGAACGGAUUUGGAACAGUUUACGAAUCUGGCGAUAAGCCCCAAUUGACCAUUUCUUAUUUUGUUAUGCAGCAUUGUAGUCGUGCUAUGCAAAUGUACAAACAUACACCCUACUAAUUGAAACUUCAUGAUUAUGUAGUUUCGAAGCUAGCCUACGUGUAGUGGCACCCUCCCGCUUUGAGGGGGAGGGUGCAGCUACACGUAAGCUAUUUAGAGGCUACUGAAUAGCCUGCGUAGCCUGCAGGAUCGUUCGCGCGAGGAAAUGUUUGCAAUUGGAACUGUGAAUAAAAGAAGUGCGGAGAAUGGUGAGGAGACGCUUUUUCUUAGGGGUACGCGCGCCGCGCCCGAGUGAUUUGUCCAGUGUAUGCUACAAUAGAGAACAACGGCAAAACUAAAAGCUCGCUAGAAACGCUGAAACGGCCAAAAAUGCGACAUACCGUAUUUAAAACAAGAAGACAAAGUGAGAAGUUCUGAUGUUUUUUCCUUGCUAUUACGGUAUCCUUAAAAACCCUCAUACAAACCCUUACAAUGGAGACCCAGUACGACUACGAGGACGAGAUUUCCUCGAUACUAAGUAGUGCGCGCGCGUAAGCCAGCGUCAGUUUAGCGGGUAAACUUGGUAGCCGUCGUCAUUCUACUACGAGUUUUAGCGAGAAUGUCAUAAUGUCGGAAACGAGUUAUCAAAUGUCAAAAGUUUUAUCAUUUUGCUAUCAAGAGAGGGCUUAACCUCCUUCAAUAUAAAUAACAGUGCUAUCGUUUCUAAUGAAAAGAAGUACAAUCAAGCUUUCCGGGGUGCCUAUUUUUUAGAAUACGCGGAAAAACUUUAAGUGAACACGUACUCUCAGUCGUUCUCGUCCUCGAAUCAAGGGUCUCCAAUAUUUCUGUUACGCAACAACGAUCCUCUUUCGUGAGCCUGGGGUAAAAAGAUAACUUGUAAACUUCCUGGUGAAGCCUAUGUGAUUGGACGGAAACGGUCGGAAGACAAAACAAGCCAGUCACAUGGCAAAAGAUAAACAACGAUCCUCUUUCGUGAGCCUGGGGUACCUGUGUCAAAACCCGUCCUCUCGCGUAUUGAUCGAGAAGAAAGCCACAGUUCCUGACGUUUUUUUUUUUCAAUUACAUUUAUCCUAAUCUUUGUCGCUGUCUCAAUUUCAACCUAUUUCUGUCUCUUUUUUCGCCAUUUCAUCUGGGUCUUGAUUAGCUGUUUCAAGGCCAUGUCGCUUGUCGGAAUUUUACCUUAACAGGCUUAGGGAACUCGUAAAAAGAUAACUUGUAAACUUCCUGGUGAAGCCUAUGUGAUUGGACGGAAACGGUCGGAAGACAAAACAAGCCAGUCACAUGGCAAAAGAUAAACAACGAUCCUCUUUCGUGAGCCUGGGGUACCUGUGUCAAAACCCGUCCUCUCGCGUAUUGAUCGAGAAGAAAGCCACAGUUCCUGACGUUUUUUUUUUCAAUUACAUUUAUCCUAAUCUUUGUCGCUGUCUCAAUUUCAACCCAUUUCUGUGUCUUUUUUCGCCAUUUCAUCUGGGUCUUGAUUAGCUGUUUCAAGGCCAUGUCGCUUGUCGGAAUUUUACCUUAACAGGCUUAGGGAACUCGUAAAAAGAUAACUUGUAAACUUCCUGGUGAAGCCUAUGUGAUUGGACGGAAACGGUCGGAAGACAAAACAAGCCAGUCACAUGGCAAAAGAUAUUUAACAAUGGGCUAUUGACUCAGAGGCCAUGAGGGCGAGAGGAAUAAUUGUUUUAGUAAAAUCCAACUAGUUGGUCAAAAAUAUCGAGAAUAAAAAAAUUUUAGCUAGUUAAAGCUAGACUUUAAUCCUCUUUUGCUGCCAAAAAGCCUGCGAUUUUCGCUACUAGUGGACUAUAACAUAUAGCCUAGUAGUAGCUCAACCAAUCCGAACGCAGCAUUGAUAUUUUAUUAAAUUCAAGAUAUAUGGGUUACUUGGUACUUCUGGUUGCUACUUCUCACUACUAGUUAUUUAAAAAUGUUUGGAAAUUGCUUUUCGCUUGACAUAACUGUGAAUGGUAUUCAUGGAGAGGAUAGAGAAGAUAGCAGAGAGACUAAGAAUCACGUUUACGGCAAACGGCAAACGUGAACAGGUCACUUCCGAGUUCCAAAAACCCACACUUUCAAAAUGAGGCCAAGUGCUCAACCUUUCUUGUGAAAAUGAGUUUUAUUUGCAUGAGAAUGAAAAAUCAUUUCCAUAUCAAAGGCUGAGCACUUAAUCUCAUAACGAUACAGAGGCCUGGGGAACUCGGAAAUGGCUUACUUGUACCACGUGACCAAGUUCUCCCCUUAAUUAUCGUUUACUGUUUAUUAGUUCUACUCAAAACUAAAUAGUUUCACGUCAGUUUUAUCCAUAAAAAUUGUCCUGCACAGUUUUUAUCAUCUUAUUUUCCAGGGUUUUCAUUAUGAAUUGUAGUAGCAGCAGAGAGGUGUAACGUUACAGGAGAAUAUUUUGAAAGAGGCUCCACGUCUGAAUAAAAAAUAGUCAUAGGGUACCGAACGUUAGCCGGAGAAUUUCUCCGAUCUCCGAUGGCUAAUGAAAACCCUGAUUUUCUAUUCUGAGAAAUUCUCAACUUAAAUCUGACGUUUGCCGUUUGCCGUAAACGUGACUCUGUCUGUAAUUACCUGCAAGAGCUGUGUGCGAUAACUGCACAGAGGGUUAGAGGCGAGGAAGUACUACUUUACAUUUUCUACCCGGGUGUCUCGACAAGAAACAGCUAAAUUUGCAACCUUGUUGAAGACCAUUGUUGCUGAAUGAUAUCUACUUGACCAUGACUAAUUACUUUAUCUCAUAGCUAGCCUGUAAGACAUGCGUCGAAAGGGGAGGGGAGGGAAAAGGAUCGCGUCUGCCACGCAUGCUAACUGAAGAGUAAGGUCAUCUGUUUCGGGAACUCUCCGCGCAUGUCUCCUCGUAGGUUAAAUAAUAGCGAGUUUAAGUUGCCACAACGGCGAAGGCAACGAAAACGUCAAAAAAAGCAAUAGGUUUAAUGAGCGAUUAUUAAUUAAUAAUAACUCUGCACGUGCAGCACACUUUCUUGGUUUAUUUUUCUGCGUUACUGCACGACUACGACGUGAAAAUGCCUUAAUUCACGUUUAAUGGAGGAUGUCAACAAGCGACGACGAUGUUCUCUCUCUGAACUUGGAUAUAGUUCUUAGGAAUUCAAUUCCACAUGAUUUCGAUUGCAUUUGGCGAACUAAGUGAGAUGGAAUAAUCCGACGAUAAAGAUCGAAAGAAAGUGAAUUCGCUUUGUAAGCGACGUUUUCGCCACCUUCGCUUUCUUGGUGUCAUUUAAAAUGGCAGCAGUCUCCAGUAAGAAGAGUUAAUAUCAAAUUGAAAAACAGAUUAAAAGUAACAUUUUUUCUUCAUCACUAGGUUCUCUGAUGGGAUCAACUAGCGCGACAUCCCUUGUUUCCUUGUCAUCAAUAGCGAACCCUACUCUGUCCACUGCUCGGUUACAAGUGUCCCCUGUGACCAUCCCAACGGCCUCGCAAUCUUCAUCGGCUUCUGUUGCUGCGACCGCUCAGGUCCAAACUACUUCCACAUCUUCAUCGUCGCUGGCAGCUACUCCUGCGCCUACCUCUGCUGCUUCCACCGCCCAGGUCCAAACUACGUCCACAUCUUCAUCGUCGCUUGCAGCUACUCCUGUAUCUACCUCUGCUGCUUCCACCUCCCAGGUCCAAACUACUUCCACAUCUUCAUCGUCGCCGGUAGCUACUCCUGCCCCUACUUCUACUGCCUCGAACGCUCAGGUCCAAUCCGUCUCAGCAUUGUCAUCAUCGCUGAACGUCCUCAUUUCUCCUAGUUCCUCUUCAGUUGUUCCUGCUAGCUCUGCAUCAGUGGGUAAGCUUCUCUCCUUAUCUGAUUAUUACCUUCAUCAAUUUCUGUUUUUCAGAUUUAAAGUCUUUCCCUCGAAAACACCUAACAUUGAUUUUUUUACCCUUUUCAUAGACUGCCACUCUUUUAUUUACGCUCGGAAAAUUUAUGUACGUACACACGUAUUACGCAACAAUGGAAACCCAGCUUAAUGGUGCUCAAGUUUUCCUUCUUCUAUUGAUCAAUUCGGUUUUUAGAUCUGCGCGCGCUGUUUCUUUUUUUUAAAUUAACAUUUCUUUAUUCUGCUUUAUAUAUUUUUUUUACAGAAUCCACUGACCCUAAACCCACCAGCAAGGCCAAAAAAAUCCACAAAUGGAACUGGAUAAUCUUAGGAAUCGUCAUCGGUCUUAUAGCCUUGAAUAUUAUCAUUUUAGUGGCAGGAGUAUUGUAAGUGGAUUAUUUUGUCUUGUGUGAUCACUUUCUUUAUUCUUAUGACUUACAUAUAUGUGAUAAAGCAGUCACUGUGACAUAAAUCAGAUGACGUGGAUCACUGUCAUGGCGUAAGUUUUCAAGGUACCUUUAUCGUGUUAGCCUGCAAAACAUUGGGAUAUUAGGAGCUUAGGCAAAGACGUUUGGACGACGCACGUUAACCGGAAAUAACGUUUUGCUUUCCUGGGCAGUGGUUUUUGCCCAAAGUUUGACCCAUAUCGUCUGUUUAAGACUAAAGAGAGAUAGCAAUACAAAUUUGGUAGAGGAAAACGCACCACUUUCGGUUGACGUGCGGGGCUAAAAAACGUCUUUGCUUUAACUGUUUAUUUCUUUAAUUUCUGCGCGUACGGCGCGAAGCGCGAGAAAGUCCCAUGCUCGCUUUCUUUCUUUCUUUUUUUUUUUUUAAUUAUUUAACGUAAUUUAACAUAACAUUACAAUAAAGUAUACAAUAACGAGGCGAAAAAAAGCAAAACAGUCAGUCAUAAAACGGAAUAAGAAAGUUCAACAGUUUAACAACGACAACAGGAAGAACAAAUAAAAAUAUAAUAAUAAUCAUAAAUAGAACGCGCGUUUGCUAAAUUGCUACAAAUCAACACUAAUCAGAAAUGCACAGGGUGGUCCACUUAUUUCUGUAUUUGUUAAGAUUUCCGUUUGUUGUUGCAAUUUCUCUGUCGCACUGGAUUUCAAUUUCCAGGAGAACAAUGAAAACCUUCAGUUCUGGGCUCAAACAAACGUAAUAUCUAGCAAUAAUCCAUGCUCGUUUGAGACCUUUUCACAUUCAUGACCUUUUCCCCCCCCCUCUCCCCGCCUUAAGGAAAAAAACGAAAGAAAGAAAGAAAGAAAAGGCAAAGGGAAAACAAGAAAAAUACGGCUGUUUUGCAUUCUGUUAUUAUGUUGAAAUAGUGAUAAAAUCGCUACAAGUAGGUCGGGUAGACAGCACAAAUUUUUUUAACCUGGCAUGCUUUGUAGUAGCACUCAUUGCUGAAAGCAUGUAGCGUGCGACAUACUGCAGUAGGCCAAACCAUCGGGAAAACAAAAUUAAUCCGCAUUUAACCGUCCAGUUUUUGAUUGUUAAUAAUUGUAUUUUAUUUUCAUUUUGCAGCGCGAAAAGAGUGAUGGAGUCCAAGCGUAGAAAGGAGGGUAUCGCAGGGAGCAGUACUCGUGAGAUGACCGCUGUGAAACCCACUAAUGUCGUAGGCACUGCUAACGAUGCAUUGCAAAUUGAAGCUUGAAAAGGGAUGUAGAUAUCGACAAGAAUUCAUGUUCAAAUAUUGCCUUCGGAUUUUUUUCGCAUUUAUUUUCGUGUCGUGUAUACAUAGAUUUCAGUGUUAAGCAGAGGAUGGCUAUAGCUAUCGGAGGUGCCUUUAAUUUGGCUCUUUAGCGUUCAUGUUAAGUGGUUCUCAUAGAGCUGACAAAUCUUUACAAUGUUAAUUUUAUACUUUGGUAAAAAAAUCUUGGGAAAUUAGACAGCAAACACGAGAGGGCAAUCAAUGCUAAGCAGCCAGCCCCGUCCAGAAUUAUACAUUAAUUACCUGCGAUUAGGCGUUCUUUUCCCCUCUGGCUCUGCCCCAAAGAUCCCGGGCAUCUAAAGUGUCAUAUUUUUUCGUUUUUUUUCCCUUGCCUCAGCCAUAGAGCGUUUUCACUCACGUGGCCAGCAACUAUUAUUGGAUCAAAAGAAAACGUUUACGUUAGAAAAGAGUUCAACUCCCCGGCCAGCACAGGAUUGUUUUGGAACACCAAUAUGGCUGCCUUGACGUCAUGAGAAAACGCUCUUUUGUUUUAUGUGGUGUACUAUCCUAAUCUCGUACCUAGAUCUCACUCUGUCUUUCCCUUGGCCGUGGGAGAUCUGGGUACAAGAUUAGUGCUAUUCCAUUUAUUCCAGCCGAUAUUUGUGGGCAACCGGUCAUUAAAUUGAUUUUGUCGUUUUGAUAUAAUAUGAUUUAACAUUAUGUUUACUUCUAACUUGGUGCCUCUCUGUUAAGAAAAAAAGGUACAUUUCCUGCAGCAUUUAUUUGCAAACAAGGGUACUCACUGGUAUUUUUUCCUACAACGUUUUUGAGUGUGAUAAUGAUUAUUACUAAAUGCAAGGUUUUGUCUUUACAGAUAUUACGAGCAACAAGCUCGUUCUCGCACGGGUUGUAUCAAAUUAAACCUGAUAACAAUAAAGGUGUAAGAUAGUCAAUAACUUCUGAAGAUUUUGUCUGCAUUUUGUAUUGAAAAGUUUUAACAAGCUAGGAAGUUAGCAAAAUGUCUUCAAAAUACAGUACUAAAAGCGAAAGUCUGCAUUUAUUUCGGGCAUAUCAACUGGGGCGUCACUACAAAGAACCUUCUUUGGUACUUUUUAGAUUCGACUUUUAUAGAUAAAUUUAUUUGCUAAAAAGAUAGAACAGAACAACU